CUGUUGAUCUCGAACUAGUUAAUUUCAUCAGACAGAGACAAUCGGACGGCACCGGCGAGAAUUCAGAGAAGAAGAAGGAACGUGGGGCUUUUUGAGAGAGAGCGCGUGUAUGAUUUUUUUUCCAGUGAACAAAUGCUUAUUUUUAAUCUUUUAAUCCGAGUCUUUAAUUAUGUUUUUGCAAUGUGUCGUACAUUUAUGCAUCGAAUAGGUGUAAAUGGAGCCCUCUUAAAUGGAGUAAAGAUGCACGGCAUAGCCCAACCUCGACCAGUUCUAAUAUAAUAGAAGAAAGCAAUUGACAAGAACAAUACAUUGUAAUAAAUAGGGACGAAGUUCGAACCCAAACUCCCCACUUAUUCACUUUUAAUAGAUGCAUUUCUAGCCAUUUUAACUACUCGACCAAAAAACGAUCUUGGCUACUUCUAUAUCAUGUGGAAAAAACUCAUGAAUAAAAAAGCCUCACACUUCAUAUAUAUCUCUCAAACGUGUCCUUUCCAACCAUAGCCGCCAUUUUUCCAUAAUUAUUCCACCUCCCAACAUGGCUGGAGAAGACUCUCUCAAUGCGACACUUCUACCCCUUCAAGAACCAAUCCAAGAAACACCCAACAAUAAUUCCAUUACAAUAUUUUCAAUCUUAAACCUUCAAAACUUUUAUAUAAUUUUAGGACCAUUAUUGUCAAUUAUUAUUUGUCUCCUAGUGAAGCUAGAUGCUCCUACGACAAGCACAAAAAUGCUUGGUGUGAUUGCUUGGGUUUUCACGUGGUGGAUCACUAAUGCUGUUCCACUUCCUGUUACUUCCAUGUGUCCCCUCUUUUUGUUUCCUCUCUUUGGAAUUGCUUCAGCUGAUACUGUUGCUCAUUCUUAUAUGGAUGAUGUGAUUACACUUGUUUUGGGAAGUUUCAUACUUGCUCUUGCUGUGGAACGAUACAACGUGCAUAGAAGAUUGGCUUUGAAUGUAACCUUGGUGUUUUGUGGCGAUCCACUGAAUCCAUCAAUGCUACUAUUAGGUCUAUGUGCAACCACAUUUUUCGUGAGCAUGUGGUUACACAAUGUGGCAACAGCGGUUAUGAUGAUGCCGGUAGCAACCGGAAUCCUACACCGGCUACCACCAGCGGAGGAGCAGCCAGAAUUAAUGAACAAGUUCAGUAGAGCAGUGAUUCUAACAGUGGUGUAUGCUACACCAAUUGGAGGGAUAAGCACUCUAACAGGAACAGGUGUGAACUUGAUAAUAAUUGGAAUGUGGAAAAGCCUUGCCCCUGAAGCAAAACCAAUAAGCUUCAAUUCUUGGUUUUUCUUUGGGUUCCCUGUGGCUGUUUUGUUGCUUCUCUGCUUUUGGUGUAUACUAUGUUUGAUUUAUGUUCGAAAGGGGUCGAGUAGGGCUUUGUCUGAUUAUUUGGAUAGAGCUCUCUUGAAGAGAGACCUUGAAGCUCUUGGUCCCAUGUCUUUUGCUGAAAAGAUGGUGUUAUGUGUAUUUGGGUUGUUGAUAGUACUAUGGAUGACAAGAAGAAUAUCAGAUGACUUACCUGGAUGGGGAGUUUUGUUCCAUGGCCUUGUUGGUGAUGGAAGCAUCAGUGUACUAGCAGCUGUCUUAUUAUUCAUAAUCCCAAACAUGAAGCAAAAUGGGGAGAAGCUAAUGGACUGGAAUGAAUGCAAAAAGUUACCAUGGAACCUAAUUUUGCUUCUAGGAGCUGGAUUUGCCUUAGCAGAUGGAGUACAAUCUAGUGGUCUAGCUGAUGUAAUGUCAAAAGCCUUAGAAUUCUUAAAAGAUGUUCCAUACUUAGCAAUUGUUCCUGCUGUUAGUCUACUAUGUAGCAUUAUCACUGAAUUCAUCACUUCCAAUGAUGCCACAGCCACACUUCUUGUUCCACUUUUGUAUCACAUAGCCAUAAAUAUGCAUGUUCAUCCACUUCUUCUUAUGAUCCCUGGUGGUAUAGCAACUGAGUUUGCAUUCUGGCUUCCAACAUCAACACCUUCAAAUGUUGUUGGAUUUGCCACUGGACAUAUUGAAAUUAAAGACAUGCUUAAAGUUGGUGUGCCACUUAAGGUUGCUGGAGUUUCUGUUCUGGCUCUUCUCAUGCCAACACUUGGAUCUAUUGUUUAUGGAACAAAUGAUGGUACGCAAUAGGUGGCAGAUGAAAACUCUCAUUGGAUAAUAACCACAUGGACUUCUUUUCCAAAUUUAUGUUCUUGUGUUUAUAAUUUUUUUGUAUAUGAUUGUUUUUAGAGGGUAAAAGGAAAUUAUGUAAAAAAAGGAGUUAAAUGGAUAGGAAUUUCAAUAGUUCAUUAAUUAAAAAAUUAAUGAGAUGUGGCGUACACACUCAUUACAAAUCA